UUCUACUAGAGGUUGGACAACGUCAGCCGAGACUAGUGGCGAGUUUAGACGUUCCUAUGUUACUUAAUUAAUUGCUUCCUUCAAAUAAAAUAAUUUCAUUCACGAAGUUAAUCUGUGUAUUCUGGCGUUCAACUGCGAACCAUUCGAAACUACCCUGUCCCCUACCCUCUCAAAAAAUACAGAACGUGUAUCUACGGUGAAAUUGAUUAUAGAUAAUUAUUAAAAUAAUAAAUACGUAUAUUUACAUAAGUUUUCCGUUCGAGUGACCAUUCGGAUAUUAUUUGUUAUUUUUCUCGCUAAAUGUAUCGCCGAUGCGAUUACAUAAUCGUUUCGAUAUGACAAUCAAAAUUUGGCAGAAAUUACGCGUAACGAGAGGUUAAGUAUUUCGUUCGCAUGGAAACGUAUAAAAAGACAUACUAAAAAGAUAACUAUGCACAGUUGCUUUAUCCAGACUCCGACAACAUGCUCCGCGAACUCAUCGUUGUAAUCGUCGCACUGACGUUAGUGACCGCCAAGGUGGCGCCCAAGGAGUGCGAAUCGCAUAAACAAUGGCUCGCGUGUGGAACAUCGUGUCCACCCACCUGCGGAUUACCCGAUAACCGCCCGUGUAUCCUGGAAUGCAUCCCUGGCUGUCACUGUCAACCUGGCUCGAAGGUAAAGGGCAACAAUUGCGUCCUGCCUAGCGAGUGUUAACAUUAUUCGACUGUAAGCUUAACAACGACUACCAAGAAACUCGGAAGAUUAUAAUUAUAAUUAAUAUUGUUUAUAUGCUUGUUUCUAUGAAAUACAAUUCGUAACGUCUAACAGCGUUGUAUUAUUCUGUCCGCGUACACCCCCACAGAUCAAACACAAAAGAUAAUAGUAAUAUUGGAUUAAUUGGAUCUAAAUAUCGCAUUUAAUCUUCGACAACAAACAUGAAUCUCGCUUCAUUUUAAAUCCUCACAGAGUCAGUUCUACGAAGUGUAGGGCGAUAAGAUCGCUAAAGGAUCUUUAUUUAAUAUAACAAUCUCGUUAUGUCGUUAAUGUUCUUACUUCCACUCUACUGAUUCGUGCCAAGAUGCCACCCACGCAAAUUAUUCAAGAUGGAUACGGUUUGUCAAAUCUAACCCAGAAACAAAAAAUAGUUCACCGCCGGUAUAAGUUUCUACCGAAGAUUGAAACGUAUGUCCUACUUUACGAAUCGUGUCCAUUAAAUAGGCUACUAGGACAAAAAAAGAAAUGAAACGAUCGAACAACUAAAGCACCGAUCGUCCGAGAAGGUCGUCGACGAAAUGA